CGGGCGCUUAACGAUUGUUGUUUUUUUUGCAAUUUCCUCGACCACUUUCAGCCGGAUUUUCUUUAAUUUCCCGAUUUCCCGAACGAGUUUUCACUGCCAUGAGUACGAGUGAUAAAAAAUCGCUAACGGCGGCGAGCGGAACGGAUGAUAUUCUGGAACCGAGCACCGUUUCGAUGGUGGCCUCCUCGAGCCGGGACGAUAUCUGGGACGAUACGAUCAUCAUCAAAAAGUACGACGCUUCGCUGGCGCUGAUCAAGGAGGAAGUGGCGAAGCGGUUGGCGAUGAAGACAAACCGUAAAGUGAUCCACGAGUCCGCGCUGACCGCGGCCGGUAGUCGGAAAACACCGAAAAAGGAAACCGACGAAUCGAUGGUAGACGGUGGUGGUGGUGGUGCGGCCUCGCCGGGUCAGGACGAACGGAGCGCCAUGGAAGUAUCGGAGCAGGAACUGGUGAACGGUGGACGCGCAGAAACAUUCGAAAUUGGAGAUUACGUUCGGGCCACGUACGACGAUGGAAUCGAUUAUGAGGCCAAAAUAAUCGGAUUCGGUACGCACGGUGAUUGUCUGAUACGGUAUGUAGGCUACAACAACGAACAAACGGUACUGUUGGAAGAGUUGGUGCCCUCGUGGGGUCGUAAAGCGCGAAGACAGCAGCGAGCGGAAGCGGCCGAAGCGGAAGCAGCAGCCGCCGAUUCCCAGCUGGAUGGCAGUGACGAUGAGCAGCAGCGGUUCACGAAGCAAGCCAGCAAGAUCGAACUGAACUUCGGGCCCCACUUUAGCCGGCCACAGGUGGGGCAUGCUGGCGCAGGAAGAGCGGGAAUCGGUCGAUACGGGAUGAGCGGAGGUAUUCCGGGCGGUUCAACCGCGUACAUGAUUCCACCGCCACCUCCCAUGCCACCGAUGCUGGAGGACGCAGAUGACGUGGAGUCCGAGAAUCUUUCCGCCAUGCUGAUGUCCUGGUACAUGAGCGGGUACUAUACGGGGCUUUACCAUGGCCAGCGGAUGUCCCAGCAGCAACAGCAACAGCAGCAGCAAACACAACAUCAGAAGCGAGCCAGACAAUCCUAAUAGCUGCUCGCGAUUGCGAUUGUAUUCUAGAUUUAAGGAAACUAUUUUACGCAAAGCAUCAUCGGAUUACUCAUUGGGUCACCAGUGGAUCUUAAGUAUUUGGUUCGCAACCAUCGCAAAAAGCUGGCCAAAACGGGGCUGAAGGUGAUGGGCGGUGGUUCACGUGCUCGAUGGCUGUUGUGCGGCCACAAAAGCUCGCUGUUGAUAUCUAUAAGCUUAUCUUAAAUUAGUCUGCAUGAUUCAUGGUUUGAUUUUUGAUGAUAAUAUAAUAAUGAUCAAUGAAAACCUUUAUGCUAAACGCUAUUGACAGUUGCUGUAGAAUUAGUUCCUUCCGCCUGUUCCGGUU